AUUUCGGGUGUUUAUUCAGUCGGCGGCAAUCGCUCGUUCAUUCCGCACGCGAUCCAGCUGGAAUAAAUAAAAUAAAAACAUUCGAUUUCAAAUUUCGUCUAGACGCGGGAAAAAAAUAAGAGAGAAACGUGAGGAGAUUUGCUGAUCGCGUUCAAACUUAUUUGGCUGACCGCGUUUCUUGUUAGGGCCAGCAAGGAAAUGUCCGUCGGAAAGCUGCCACUCGUUUGGGUUGUUGGAGUGCUGGCCGUCUGCUGCUGGAUCGUGUCGGGACUGUCGGCCGGCAGCCGGGAGGUUGUUCAAUUGGCGGCGGACGCUCAUUUACAUCCGCUGAGUCGGCUGGCCGUCCUCCAGCAAGUGCCCAGUCGCCUGAUGGCGUCCAAAGCCAUGACGACGUUCGUCGUUUACCGGACCACCAUCCCGACUUGUAGCUUCACGACGUCUUGCGCAAUGAUCAACGGCGCCGUGACGGCCUGCAGACGUCUCGACCGCGACGUCGACAUUGACGCCAUCCUGCCCAACAAACCCGUCAAAAUUCAGACGACUAUGGCUCCGGAGGAAUCGCCGGCCAUUGUUUUCGUUCCGGACAUUCUCAGUUCGAACGAGCCUCGCGAUGUGCUGGUCAACGGAUUGCUGCCGGGCGGAAGUUGCGGCCCAGCAGCAUCUUUGGCCGGCUCGACUUUUGGCGUCACCAUCAUCUACACCCGGACCAUCAUUUCCGAUUUCACUUGCCUCAACUCCGUCACGCAGACCAACACUUUCACGCUGGCAGGCUGCACCCCAACCGGCCUCGUUUACUGCAGUCUCUAAAAUACUAAUCAACUUGAAUUCAUUCCGAUAUUACGUGUUUUUAAUACACUUGCGCUUCCACGUCUA